CGUGUCUAAAUCGUCCAUGCUACAUUAUUGGAACAUGCAAUUUUCAACAAGAAAUAUGUCGAUGUCUAAAGGGUUACGUUGGAUUUAACUGCACGGACAUCAACGAAUGUAGACACGGUCACGUUGACCCUUGUGGGCACAGAGGGGUGUGCAACAACACUCUCGGAGGUUUUGAAUGCCAAUGUUUGAGUGGGUGGACAGGACAACGCUGUGAAACUCAAACAUUAGAAAACUUCACCUGCCUGGCAGGUUACUAUGGUGACAGGUGUUCUGAAACAAUUUGUGGAUAUGGAUACCCAGAAGCACCUUCAUUGACUAGUACUGUUGUCAACAGCACAAUUUGUAUGUGCGAUGAGGGUUGGACUAAAAGUAGGAUCGAUGCACCUUGCAAUGUCGAUAUAGAUGAGUGCAUGCAAACGCCCUCGCUCUGCUUAAACGGAGGAACAUGCAGAAACACGGACGGAAGUUACCACUGCGAAUGCACCGGACUCUGGAAAGGCAUUUAUUGCUCCGAUUAUGUUACAACCUCGACUGAAGCUGAAGCGACAUCACAAAGUACAGUAAAGUUUACACAACAGUCUGCAACAACUCAACUACUUACUACGCAUGACCAUAGAGAAAUUGGUUCAACAAUCUUUUAUGCGACAGACAAAAACGAUAAAACAACACCAGAGUUUGUAGAGCAGAAUAUAACAGAAUAUGCACACCUGAAAGUGCCAGGAGCAAAAUCUACAGAACAGACUUCAAUAAGUCUACCACUGCAAACUGCACAGGUGGCUAAGCAAGAUACGACGCACACAAUUACAGAAAUGACCACAACAGUCCUUUAUGAAAAAGACCCAACAAAUCGUUAUACAUUAGAGGAUAGAUAUCUGACUACAACAGAUCAUCCUGAAACUAGUUCGACCGAACUUUUGUCAACACACACAGGCCGCAGUAAUUACACCACUGCAGACUAUUCACCAUCGGUAACUGACCCAGUCUUCAAAGAGGCACAACGAAAGCCGUCAAAUUGGACAACAUUGGAACUGACCACUGGAUUAUCUUUGACAAGAUUACCACCAGACCGUGAGAACGAAGAGGGAGGGAGAGAGCAGCUAACGGUCUGGAUGAUUGCCUUAAUAUCCAUGGGAGGAAUCCUUGCUUUCGUUCUGCUAUCGGUGUUCAUUGUGCUGAAAUACUAUACAGUGACCAACAACAUGUGUUCACUAUGCAAACGCAUGUUCAACAAAGUGGACGCGUCCCUUGCAUAGAAGAGGAAUAACUGCGAACUAACUGCGAACUAAAUGCGAACUAAACGUAAACGUAAAUGGCCAGAGGUUUGGUCGAUGGAGUUUGAAAGGUCGUUAACGAAGACUGUUUAACGAUAGCAGCGUAAAUUGUGUAACACACACAUUAACUGGUUUGCGUAUUUGUUGUAUUUUUGUGCAUUGUGUGUUUUGUAAAAUAUUUAAGUAUGUUGUUCAUAUUUUCAAGUAGCAGUAUUACUGUAUUAACAAUGUAUGUCUCAUACUGUUAAAUGUUUAUAGGCCUUGCAUUUGCUGUUUACGUAAGCAAUCAACCGCAACUAUAAUUCAACUCAAUCUUCUUAGAAUAAUUUGAUGUCUUCGAAGAUUUGUUUCAGUGCCUAUAUUAAAAAUAAAGUCCUCAUAAGUUACUUUAAUAAUAAAUUAUUGACAACGUAUAUAUUUAAUAUCUUCUUCGUAGUUGUUACGCUUAUUCUUUGUAUGUUGUUUACAAUUUAUUAGGUCACUUUUGAGGAAGAUAAACAUACAUAAUUGAACGUAUAUGUAUAAUACUAGGAUAUAAUUCCUUUAAAUGCGGCUUUGUGUCGUUGGACACAAGCACAUUCACUUGAACGUUGAAAACGAAAUAUUAAGCAGCAUCUGCUGUGCUUAGAAGUCUCUACGGUCGUUGCAGUAACUUAGUGACGUUCUUACAUUAACAGUCAGAACUCACGACAAUAGAACAUAAAUACGCAUGUUUAAAGGUCAACAUGCACGUUAUUUUUGAGGCUAUUUUAGUAACACUUCAAUGUCAAAUUUUCACUGUAACCGCAGAUGGAGACUGUCAUAUUGUACACAAGUCAACUAAUUAAUAAACUGUUAAUAUAAACAUAGCUUACAAGAAAGACCUUCCAAGGAAGGGAAUGAUUAUGUGGACAAUUUUGGCACUGCCAUUGACGCUAGCUAUCUCAACAGACCAAUACACAUGAAGAGCGAAAUAUAGACAAAUUUACAUGCGUUUUACCAGUUUUAACACUCAAUUCUUAGCGUCGCGGUCUCCUCAUUUUAAGAAUUCCAUAUGGAUUUUGUGUUAUUGUUAACACCGUAUGUCUUUUCUUAUUUGUGAUAUUUGUUACAGGUCACUUGAUUUGAAAACAGUACAGAAUAGAUUUACGGUUUGACAUGCUUUGAGCUGUUUUAAAAACCCAACGCUUUGCGUUAUCCGUUCCGAUGCGGUGACCCAAUUUUAAUAAUGCUAUAUGUGUUUUGUCUUGUUGUGAACGUGUUAUGUAUCGUUUUAUUUUGCUAAUACAUGACUUUUGGGUGGUUACAAGAGAUUUCCUCACGGUGAUAUCUCUCGGCAAUAAAUAUUUUCAAAUGUAUGUAUCUUUAUGCUUGUGCAUGUCUUGACUUGCUGCAAAAGGAAUGUUAGCACAGUUUAAAAGGAGAAAUGCUUUCGAGCAGAAAAGCGUUAAAAUAAAGGGAGAUAAAUAAUAUUUUU